AGUUAGAAAAGUCUAGAGUGCCUGAUUGGAGGAGCAAAUCUACAGAGGAAAAGCACAUGUCUCAUGUGCGCAUAAACCAGUGAAUAGCCCUGUUCCGCACGCCUCCUUGCUUCUCAACUCUUCCUUUCUCUCCAUACAUCACUCAUGAAUCGAGGCCAAGAUUUAAUUUGAGAAGCAAGAGGAAAAAAAAUUGUAAAAGACUCAGAAAAAAAGAUGCAUUCAAAAUUCUCAAUCACCCAUCUAAACCCAUCAAAAACCGGGCUGUUUCCUCUCUUCCCUCAUCGGGAUUUCUGCAAGGUGGGAUUCUCUGCAAGACCCAAACUCCGGUUCAAGCUCGUUGUCCAGUCUAUGGGUGAUAGGUGGAGAUUAAGCGACAUUGAUACCCAUGCUGUGCAAGAACAAUUGAAUAUGUGGCUUGUGAAGACUCAAAGCUUUUUGAAUGAAGUGACUUCUCCAUUGGUAAGAACUGGUCAUGGUAGAAAGCCUGACUCUGCAAAUGUGUCUGACACUCAAGAUAUGGAUGAUGUAUUUGUGCCAGAACAAACUAUUCAGAGCAGCACACCCAGUGGCGACCUUUCAUUGGCUGCUAUUGUUUCUAUUGAGCAAUUCAGCAGGAUGAACGGAUUGACUGGGGAAAAAAUGCAGAAAAUAUUUAGAGCACUUGUUCCUGAAACUGUCUAUAACGAUGCCCGUAAUUUGGUGGAAUAUUGCUGCUUUAGGUUCUUGUCAAGAGAUAGUUCUGAUAUUCAUCCUUGCCUCAAGGAACCUGCAUUCCAGAGACUGAUUUUCAUUACAAUGCUCGCAUGGGAGAAUCCUUACUAUGAAGCAAAUGAUUCAAAUGCUAUUGGUUUAGAGAAAGCUUCCUUUAAGAGGAAGCUUGUAGGAGAAGAGGCUUUUGUUCGUAUUGCUCCUGCUGUUUCUGGUGUUGCCGAUCGGCCAACUGCACAUAAUCUAUUCAAGGCUCUUGCUGGUGAUGAACGGGGCAUAUCUUUAAGUUUGUGGUGUACAUAUGUUAAUGAACUUCUCAAAGUGCACGAAGGACGCAAAUCAUAUGAGAUUCAAGAAUCCCCCCAGCUUUCCAGGGAGCGGAUCAUAUGUAUUGGUUCUAGCAGGAAGCGCCCGGUCAUAAAGUGGGAGAACAAUGUUGCAUGGCCAGGAAAACUUAUUUUGACCAAUAAAGCACUCUAUUUUGAGGCUGUUGGAUUAGUAGGGCAGCAAGAUACUAGAAGAUUGGAUCUUACAAGAAAUGGUUUACAAGUGCAGAAAACAAAAGUUGGACCUUUUGGAUCCCUUCUUUUUGACUCUGCCGUUUCUGUUUCCUCUGGUCCUGGGUCCGAAACAUGGGUGCUGGAAUUUGUGGACUUAGGAGGUGAAAUGAGACGAGAUGUCUGGUAUGCAUUUAUUAAUGAAGUUAUUGCUUUAUACAAGUUCAUAAAUGAGUAUGGAGCAGAGGAUGGUGAUCAAUCUGUAUUUCAUGUGUAUGGUGCUCACAAAGGGAAGGAAAGGGCUAUCACCGGUGCAAUGAACAGUAUUGCUAGACUUCAGGCCCUUCAAUUUAUCCGGAAGUUGUUGGAUGAUCCAAUUAAACUUGUUCAGUUCUCAUAUUUGCAAAAUGCACCCUAUGGAGACAUUGUGUUGCAAACUCUAGCUGUUAAUUAUUGGGGUGGACAGUUAGUCACAAAAUUUAAGGAGGCAGGCUAUCUACCAGAUCGAGGAUCAAGGUCUUCUGAUGAUGUGUUUGAAAGUAGUAACCAUGUAUUUGACAUAGAUGGAAGUGUCUACUUCAGGAAGUGGAUGAGAUCUGCAUCUUGGGUUUCUAGUUCCUCUAUAGCUUUCUGGAAGAAUGCGUCAAUAAAACAAGGGGUUGUAUUAAGUAAAAAUCUUGUCGUGGCUGAUACUACUCUUGUAGAAAGGGCAGCGGUAACAUGCAAACAUAAAUACCAAGUGGUUGAGAAAACACAAGCCACAAUUGAUGCAGCAAUGCUUAAAGGGAUACCCAGCAACAUUGACCUUUUCAAGGAACUUAUACUUCCUUUGACUGUCACUGCCAAGAAUUUUGAAAAACUUAGGCGCUGGGAGGAGCCGCACUUGACCGUCUCCUUUCUUGCAUUUGCAUAUACACUUAUUGUCAGAAACUUGCUGCCAUAUGUAUUUCCCAUGACAUUGAUGAUCGUGGCAUUUGGCAUGUUGUUACUAAAGGGCCUCAAGGAGCAAGGUCGUCUGGGAAGAUCUUUUGGAAAAGUUACUAUACGUGAUCAGCCACCUUCAAAUACAAUUCAAAAGAUCAUAGCUGUAAAAGAAGCCAUGCGUGAUGUUGAAAACUAUCUACAGAAUCUGAAUGUUACACUUCUAAAAAUACGUACAAUUAUUCUUUCAGGUCAGCCCCAGGUAACAACAGAGGUUGCCUUGGUGCUGUUAGGUUCUGCAACCAUUCUCCUUGUCAUUCCUUUUAACUAUGUUCUUGGUUUUGUUAUCCUUGAUCUUUUCACACGAGAGCUUGAGUUUCGUAGAGAAAUGGCUAUGAGGUUCAUCAGAUUUUUGAAGGAGCGUUGGGAUACUGUGCCUGCAGCGCCGGUUGCUGUAAUACCGUUUGAGAGUGAUGACUCUUGGUCAGUGGAUCAAAGGAAAGAAAUUAAUAACAAAAAAUCAGAAAGAACUCAAAACAAUAUUAAGUCUAGAUAAUUUGUUACAUGUACAUUUUUCAGGGUGGAGUUGUGUAACAAAAUGGCCAGCACUUCCCAGUUAAAGAAAAAGCAAAAUUUAGCCAAACUUUUCCUGCUGAUUAUUUUUUAAAAUGUAUAUAAAUUGACAUUUUCUUUAUUAUUUUCGUAAGCUAA